AUGUCUUCUCAAGAUCUCCCACACAUGAACUUCCGAGCCUACGUCGAGGCUCUCGAUUCUGACGGCGAUCUUGUACAAAUCAACCAAGAAUGCGACCCCCAUCUUGAAGUUAGCGCCAUCAUACGCAAAGUUGUUGAGAACGACGAAAGGGCCCCCCUGUUCAACAAACUCAAAGGCCAGGACAACAAUGGCCUCUGGAGAAUCCUCGGCGCUCCCAACUCGCUCCGCUCUGACCCUAAGCAGCGUUUCGGGCGACUCGCUAGACACCUUGGCCUCCCCGUGACAUCAUCUAUGAAGGAGAUCUUGGAUAAGAUGAUCGCGGCCAAGACUGCUGCCCCUAUCCCGCCUGUCGUUGUCGAGACCGGGCCCUGCAAGGAGUUCCGCCUCACGCCGGACCAGUUUGAUCUUACUCAACUUCCCGCGCCACUGCUGCAUCAGUCCGACGGUGGCAAGUACAUACAGACCUAUGGCAUGCACAUUGUUCAGUCGCCAGACGGCAAGUGGACCAACUGGUCCAUCGCCCGCGCAAUGGUCUACGACCGGAACCACCUCGUCGGCCUCGUCAUCAAGCCGCAGCACAUCUGGCAGAUGCACCAGAUGUGGAAGAAGGAGGGCCGCGACAUGCCCUGGGCGUUGGCCUUUGGCGUUCCUCCAGCUGCUAUCAUGGCGUCCAGCAUGCCACUGCCUGAUGGACUCUCUGAGGCCGAGUACAUUGGUUCGUUGGUCGGAUCUCCGCUUGAGGUGGUCAAGUGCGAGAGCAACGGGCUUUACGUACCUGCAAGUUCCGAGAUUGUCUUUGAGGGUACAUGUUCGAUUACAGAGACUGGCCUUGAGGGCCCCUUUGGAGAGAUGCAUGGUUAUGUCUUCCCUGGCGACUCCCACCCGUGGCCCAAGUAUACGGUUGAUCUCAUCACUCAUCGUAAGGAUGCCAUCCUCCCAGUCUCAAACUGCGGCCGCCUGACGGAUGAGACUCAUACCAUGAUCGGUCCGCUUGCGGCUGCAGAGAUCGGUUUUCGCCUCAAGUCAGAGGGUCUCCCUAUUAAAGAAGCAUUCUCUCCUUUCGAGUCGCAAGUGACGUGGGUCGCUCUACAAGUUGACACUCAGAAGUUACGGGAGCUACAUACCAACCCCGAGGAUUUUUGCCGCAAGGUGGGAGACAUCGUCUUCCGUCAUAAAGUCGGAUAUACAAUUCAUCGUCUGGUCCUCGUAGGCGAUGAUAUCGACGUGUACAAUUUCAAGGAUGUCAUCUGGGCUUUCUGCACGCGCUGCCGUCCUGGAAUGGAUGAGUACCACUUUGAGGAUGUGUCUGGGUUUCCCCUGAUUCCCUAUAUGUCUCACGGCAAUGGUGCCCCUGAUAAGGGCGGGAAGGUUGUUUCGGAUUGUCUUUUACCUGUUGAGUAUACCACAGGAAGAGAUUGGGAGGCAGCCGACUUUGAGCAUUCGUUUCCUGAGGAUAUCAAGGAGAGAGUUACUAAUCGGUGGGAGGCGAUGGGCUUCGGCUCGUCCAAGUAG